GGUGGUUUUACCCAUGUUAGUUUGAAAACCUUCUCCACAAUGAAGCUACUUUAUUUCUGAUAUGCAAAGACCAUUGCCUCCACUCAGACUAAAGCAGGAAGUUGAACAGUAUUUGAAAGAAAUAUACUGUAAUCAGCAGAUUGUUGAACAACUUGGUAAAGAAUGCAGCGAUACAAGGUUUACCGAUUUGUUAUCUAAAUUGAGUACUCCUCCAUGUAAUACUGUUGCCAGGGUGAACACACUUCACUAUACUAGGGAAGAUGUACGGCAACAGCUGCAACAAGUCGUAGCUGAGCAAUAUCAACAAAAAUGUUAUGAUUGUCCGGUUGUAGAGCCACACCCAGUACUGGGUGACACAUUGGUAAUACUCAGCGAUGGUCCAAACGUGGAUAUGCAAAGACAUGAUAAAGAAGUAAUAGUGAGCGCAUUAUGUGGUAACGCUGUUUUACGAGGCGCUGAUGUCUUCAUACCUGGCAUUAUGGCAGCACAUCCUUGUAAGUGA